CCCUGCGGCAGAUUCAAACUCACCGCGGCUUCUCCCCGUGAGCUCUGUCCACAAAAUCCAACCAAAAAACACCAAAGAAACACCCAAAAAACUCCAUGAAACCAGGCUACAGGAGCUAAGAUGGAAGUUUGCUCGGAGGACAAACCGGAGCAACGUGAGACUGAUGUUUCCAACAGAGACGUUUCCUCUGAACUCAGCUCCUCCUCCUCAGACCUGCUGAGUUCGGUUGUGGAGGAGAAGGAGCACCUGCAGGUUUACCUUCGCGUCCGUCCUUUCACCGCCGCAGAGAGAAACACCGGGGAGGCUCAGGACUGCGUGACCAUCGAGACUUCGGACACAGUUCUGGUGAAACCUCCCGUCUCGUCUCCGCCCGUGAGGCAGAGCGCGGCCGGGACGGAGCGCUCGCUGCCGCAGACCGGACAGCGCUUCCAGUUCUCUCAGGUUUACGGGCCGGACACAACGCAGAAGCAGCUCUACGAUGGCACCGUGAAGGACCUGGUCAAAGACGUUCUGACCGGAGGAAACUCUCUGGUCUUCACUUACGGAGUCACCAACGCCGGCAAGACCUUCACCUUCUUAGGCCCAGAGGCAGACGCAGGCCUCCUGCCCAGAGCUUUGAGCACCAUCUUCAACAGCAUCGAGGAGCACGUGUACAGCGACCUCUCCAUCAGACCUCACCGCUGCAGAGAGUUCACCAGACUCACCAAAGAGCAGCAGGUGGAGCAGAUCCUGCUCAAGAGGAGCCUCCUCAAGCAGAGCAGAGAGGUCGACAGGAACACGACUCUGCUGAACUCAACCAUAAAGACUCAACAUGAAGCCUCGAUUGUGGGGACGGCGCUCACUUCAGACGACAGGAUCAGUCUGGACCUGGGGGAGCACACCAAGUUCUCCGUGUGGGUUUCCUUCUGCGAGAUCUACAACGAGAACAUCCACGACCUGCUGGAGGCGCCACCGAGCAGCAGCCAGAAGAGGACGGCUCUGAGGCUGUCCCAGGACGUCAAGGGACACAGCUUUGUCAAAGACCUGCGCUGGGUGCACGUGGACACAGCGGACGACGCCUACAGAGUCCUCAAACUGGGCAAGAAGAACCAGAGCUUCUCCUCCACCAAACUCAACCAACUCUCCAGCAGAAGUCACAGUAUUUUCUCCAUUCGGAUUCUGAGGAUUGAAGAUGUCGGGACGCCGAGAGUCUCCACCAUCAGCGAGCUCUGUUUGUGUGAUUUGGCCGGAUCGGAGAGAUGCGCCAAAACCCAGAACAAAGGAGAGCGUCUGAAAGAGGCCGGAAACAUAAAUUCCUCCCUCCUCAUCCUGGGCAAAUGCAUCAGUGCUCUGAGACACAACCAACAGGCCAAACUGCUCCAGCACGUUCCGUUCCGGGAGAGUAAGCUGACGCACUACCUCCAGAGCUUCCUGUGUGGGCGGGGCCGAGCCUGCAUGAUCGUCAACAUCAACCAGUGCGCCUCCGUGUACGACGAGACCCUCAACGUGCUCAAGUUCUCCGCCGUAGCUCAGAAGGUGGUUGUGUUGAACUCCAAAAACCAGCAGCUGCUUCCGGAGCGUUCCUCCACUGAAGUGUCCUUUCUGCUGGACGCUGAGGAGCAGCCCAAGAGGAGGAAGAGGAGGAGCUCCGUCAGCGCGUGGGACACCAGCCUGGAGGACGUACAGGAGGACGAGGCAGACGAGUGCGAGGACAGUCUGAUGGACGUCACACACUGCAGCAGUCUGGAGGAAACCACCGAGGACGAGAAGAUCCUCAUCUCUAAAAAGACCUACCAGAGCCAGGUGGCGCUGUUGGGGCAUUUGCAGGUGCAGCUGAAGCAGGAAGUGGCUGAGAACCUGCUGCUGGAGGCCAGGGUCAGGGACGAGAUCAGCAGAGAGUUCUCCCAGAUCUUCUCAGAGAUGCAGAAGGACUACGACGAGCGCCUGGCACGGGAGAGGGAGAUCCUGGAGGAGCGAGCCGAGAAACGUCUGGAGAUCUUCAAGAACCUGAGCCAGAAGAUGUCCAGAGAGGGCCACUACCAGGACCGCGGCGCCAUGGACCCGUUCUCUGCGGAGUUGGCGGAGAUGGAGAGUUACCCUGACUCUUACCUGAGCGCGGCCAUGAGCGACCGGAGCCACGGCGCCUUCGAGCGUCUGGAGCAGCACGUCUCAAAAUACGCAGGUGAAAGCAGCGGCCCGUGUGAGGACAGAACCUCCCUCCUGACGCAGCUGCAGGACAAGAGCCUCCAGGUUUCCUCUCUGGAGAAGCAGGUGUCCCAACUGCAGAGGGCGCUAGAGCAGAGGGCGCACGGCCACAGCUCUGCCCACGAGCAAGGCACUACGGAGCCGCUGCAGCAGGCGCUCGCAGCCGUGGAGAAGGAGAAGCAGGCCCGAGAGGAAGCUCUGGCCGCGCUGGAGUACCAGACCGUGGGGAGGGUGGAGGCCCUGGCGUCUCUGGAGGCGGAGAGGAAAGCUCGAGAACAAGCCCAGUCCUCCCUCAGCGAGCUCCAGAAGAACCAGAGGGACGUGACCAGAGCUCUGGAGGAAGAGAAGAAGAGUAAAGAGCGAGUCCAGGCCGCUCUGGACGAGGAGAGACGAGCCAGAGACGAGCUGAAGGCCUCGCUCAGAGAAGAGAAGAGACGCAGCCAGGAGGUCCAGGCCCGAGAGCAGAGACAGGAUCAGAAGGUGGAGGAGCAGCUCGCCGCGCUGACGGAGAAGAACAAGACCAGGCAGAAGGAGUGUGAGGAGCUGCGUGAGGAGGUGAAGGAGCUCAAGAACAAACUGCAGACCUCAGAGAAGAAGGUUUCCGCCGAAACCGAGCGAGCCGAGAAAGUCUCUGCGGAUCUCCGAGCCGCCCAGACCAAACUGGACAAACUCUCCUCCGAAGUGAAGGACAAAACGCUGCAGAUCCAGACUCUGACCCGGGAGGCCGACAGCGUCAAACAGGAGCUCCAGACGUCCGUGUCCUCCUCCAGCCUGUCCGACAACCUGCUCAAAGACGAGAUCUCCGAGCUCCGCGCCGCCUUGGCCUCGGAAAAGGAGCAAAACAAACGGAAAACCGGCCAGAUCUCGCAAGCGGAAAAGGACCUGGCGAGCGCGAAGGAGCAGCUGGCGAUGGAGAAGCUGAUGUCCGAGCAGAAGCUGGCGGAGCUCAACGAAAAGCUCCGGCGUCAGUCCGCGUCCAAGGAGGAAAUGGAAAACCUGAGGAAAAAGUUGGCGGAGAAAGACCAGGCUCUGCAGCGCCCCCUAGACGAGCUCAAGGCGAAGGUGGAGCUGCAGGAGAAGGAGAAAAACCAGCUGAGGGCGAAGCUCGAGGACGAAAGACGGAACGCGGAGAAGACGAAAGAGAAGAUGCUGGAGCAAGACGCCGACGCCAAAAAGCAGCUGGAAGCGCUGCGGAAGCAACUCGGCGAGCAGCAGGCGGCGUCCGAUCAGCUGAUGUGCGACGCCAAGCUGCAGCUGUACGAGCAGCAGGAGAUCGCCGACAAGCUCCGGGCCGACCUGGAGCUGGCGAACGGCAAAUGCUCCGCCCUGCAGGAUUACAACAGCCAAGGCGACGAGCGGGCGGAGAAGCUGCGCGAGAUGGAGAAGCUGCUGGAGGAGAAGGAGAAGGCGCACAGGGAGAAGCUGGCGGAGUCGGCGAGGAGGAGGGAGAGCGCGCAGAAGAAGCUGGAGGAGAAGGAGAAGGAGGUGGCGGCGCUGCAGAAGAGCCUGGAGCGACGGGAGCAGGAGGAGAGCCAGGCCGCGCAGGAGACCAGACGCAGGGAGGCGGAGCGCCGGAGGGAGCUGCUGGCCAAAGCCGAGGAGGCCAUCGCUCAGAAGGACGCCGAGCUGGAGAAGAAGAGCGCCGAGAUCAACAGGCUGAAGCAGAGCUCGCAGCAGGACACGGACAAAGUGAAGAGCCUCAGCGCGGAGCUUCAGAGGAGAGAGGAGCACGGCAACGAGCUCCAGGAGAAACUGGCCGACUACAAGAAACAGAUCCAGCAGGUCCAGAAGGAGAUCUCGUCCAUGCGUGAGGAGGAGAGGAGCCUGAAGCAGAGACUGUCCGACCUGGAGAAGUCCAAGAAGCAGCUCCAGACCGACGUGGCCAACAGAGACCGCACCAUCCUCAGCCUCAAAAUGGACCAGUCGUCUCACAGCAAGUCAGAGCAGACGCAGCAGCUUUACCAAAACGCAUCUAAAGAGCUGGAGGCCAAAAAGCAGGUGAUUGAGAACAUGCGCCUGGCCCUGUCGGAGCAGGAGGAGACCCAGGAGCAGAUGGAGCACGUGAUGGAGGAGAAAGACAACCACAUCCAGCAGCUGACCAGCGAGGUGGAUAAACUCAAAAAUCUGUUGCUGAGAAAGGACGGGCCCAGCGGACAGCAGCCGGACUCCUCCUCUCACGAGCUCCGAGUCUCCAAAGAGGAGACGGCCCAGGCCCAGGAGAACCUCAAGACGUGCCUGGAGAAACACCGCGGCGAGCGAAAGACCUGGAUGGAGGAGAAGAUGUCCCUGAUCGGACAGGCCAAGGACGCCGAGGACCGGAGGAACCAGGACAUGAAGAGGUUCGCAGAGGACAGAGAGAAAUACCAACGACAACAGAACCAACUGGAGUCUCUGUCGUCCCAGCUGGCCCAGAAGGAGCAGACCAUGGAGCAGUGGAGGAAGGACAGAGAUGCGCUGGUGUCCGCUCUGGAAGUCCAGCUCCAGAAACUGCUCUCCAGCCAGGCCCAGAAGGACAAACUCAUCCAGGAGCUGCAGCAGAGCGCCUCCAGUGCCCCCAGCGCCCCCCAGCCGCCACCAGAGGCCGGUGCCGGGGUCAGUGUGGCAGAGCUCCAGGCCGCUCUGUCUGAACGAGACGCAGAGAUCCAGAGGCUGAAAGAAGAACUCCAGAAAGCACGAACCCAGAGGGACAACGAGCAGAUUAAGAGCAGCGCGAGUCCGGAAAGUGAAGCUCUCGUUCGCAAAUCCAGAGGCAGGAGGGAGACCAGGACUUCAGUCAUCAGUCAGAGCUCAGCCAGCUGCCCGUCGGUGCUGGACUCGUCCGAGAUCUCCACGGAGAACGGCCGGACCAGCCGCUUCCCCAGACCCGAGCUGGAGAUCUCCUUCAGCCCCCUGCAGCCCAACCGCAUGGCCCUGAGGAGGCAGGGCGAGGAGAGCGCCGUCACCGUCAAGAUCACCAGGUCUGCACGCAAGAGGAAGAGCAACGAGAUGGAGAAGGACGAGGUGGAGGCGGAGAAUCGAAGAAACACUCGCACCAAAGUGACGCCAAAGCUGACCCCACACAAGGAGGAGAAGCCGAGUGCGUACGGUCGUCAUGAUUCCCAGAGCAGCCUCCGCAGCAGGAAGGACGCAGGAACUCUGCAGAAGAUCGGAGACUUCCUCCAGAGCUCCCCCACGCUGCUGGGCUCCAAAGCGAAGAAGAUGAUGGGUCUGGUGAGCGGGCGCGACGUGGACCCGUCUGGCUCCUCCCCCUCGCUCAGGUCCAAGAAGAACAAGAGGAAACUGUACCGACCCGAGAUCUCCUCCCCCAUGGACAUGCCCCCCCACCCGAUCAUUAACCGAGCGGCGGAGGAGAAGGAGAGCGACCACCAGAUCAUCAAGAGAAAUCUGCGCUCGCGAGUCGUCAAAUAAAACACUGCAAACGAACAUUCAGCACAUAUAUAAACACUUAUAUACACGACGCGCGUAAAGGUGCACCGAGGGACAUUUCUAGCGAAGAGUUUGCCGCUUGGAGAUGUUCUCGCUUUGUCUAGAAUGUUCCAAAGUGUACGUUAAACCUCUCCGUCACAAGAAGGUUAUGUUACAGCUCAGAUCUGUGGAGAGGAGCGUCUUUAGACCUUUUUCAUGACGUCCGGAAGCGUCGCAGUGAAGGCAAACGGUUAAUGCUUUUCUACAGCAAAAUGUGUGUCAUUUUCUCCAGCAGUUUUAUAAAUCUGCUCCAUCACCAAAUCUUCAACCAACAAACUCCACAAACGAUAAACAUGAAGAAUUUGUCCACAACGAUCAAGAGAAGAAAGACCGAAACUUAAAGACGAACAAAAACGACGACGCUUUAA